AUGAGUACGCAAACAGUGUUCUUGGAGAAGCUCUCCUACCAGUUGGUGACCAGAGAGCGGUCUGGCUGCCUGAGAAUGUCUGACUGGAUCAACCAUAUUCGGUGUGGCUUAUCCUCUGUGCCCUGGGAGGGCUGCGCAGCAGGAGCAGCAGCGGCUUCUUCCCCUUCUCCUACACCGGGCUACUGUCACCUCCUCUACCAAGGGCGUGGUGAAACCCAGGUGACCUGGCAUGGGGAGACAUACUGCCUGGUUGGUGGCUACCGGUCUUAUGGGGAUGCACCUGUGGCCACCCCAGAAAAGGUGGAAGCAGAGAAGCCAGUCCCUAGGCGGGCUCCCAAGAGACAUGCAACUUCAGCGUCAGACCAAGAGCUAGGCUGCCCCCCGCCCAAACUUCGGCGGCUGCAACAUCGUGGCAAGAGGCUGACCCCACAGAAGCUUGCUGGCCAUGCCACUUGUGAGACUGGAACCGGAGCUGCCCUGAAUGAGCCUUCCUCAAGAGACCCAGAAGAGCUGCUCCCAGAGAAGGAACAAAAUGGAAAGAGUUGAGCAGCACCUCCAACGGAGGCCCACAGGCUUCUUUAUUCCCAGCCCUUCCUGACCCCAAGCUGCUCCCAGAGAAGGAACAAAAUGGAAAGAGUUGAGCAGCACCUCCAACGGAGGCCCACAGGCUUCUUUAUUCCCAGCCCUUCCUGACCCCAGUAUGGCCUCGUAGCGUAAAUAAAAUGGUUU